ACAGCGAGAGCUUUGCUUUGGCAGCGUCUCGGUUGAGCUCCUGCUCGCCAUCUCCACGGGACUCUAGGUCCGCCUUCAGCAGCUUGUUUCGGAUUUUUGCGAGUAAUUUACACCUUCUGCAGCUUGGUUGGUGCUGCGGUGCGGUGCGGUGUGGUUAUUGUUUGGGUUUGUACAGAAUCUGGUGCUUAGUUAUGGAGGUGGUGGACGAUUUACCUCGGAUACAUGGUGGCUAAAAAGCUUGUUGAUAGAUUAAUGUGUGAAUGUCAUUCACGGGAAGUCUGGGAUGGUGGAAAGUUGAGGAGGCAAGGCUGAGUGGGUGGUUGUGGCAGUGUGUUAUGCAAAAUGUGGGACUGAAUGGGAAAACAGAUCUUUAGGGUAUGAGAGUGUUGAGUUCAUUUCGGGCAGGUUUUGAUGGUUCUUAGGGUUUGACGAGAAGAAUUAAUGGGGCAACUGUAGGUGUCGUCUUUGGCGGUGGUGUCCCUUGCUUGAGUGUAUUUUGGAAUUUAUGCUCUGCCGAUUUCAAAUUGUGAAACACAGUGAAAAGAGUGUUGAUUGUACUGCAAGUUAAGAGCGAGGGGGCAGAGAGGCGAGUUGUCAUCGAGCAGGUGGAGAAGGUGAUGUGUACAUUUUUAUUUUGGACGUGAAUAGAACUGAGGUGUAUCGUUUGUGCGGGGGAGUGUAGCAGGAAUGUUGUGGAAAUUGCAGUUUUUUGGUGUCAACCAAUAGGAAGAUAUUUUCCUGAAGUUGACAAUUGAGACGAGCGAGGGAGAUAAAAGAUUCUGCAUUUGCUCUGAUGGUUUCGAAUGCCCAGGGACAGACAUAAUGGCGAUGUCAUUGGAAGUGGACCUCCGGGCAAUAUAAGGAUGGCCCGAGGUUCUGUUCCAGAGCGUGAAAGAGAGCUGAUGAAGUUUGGGAACUAUCCUGCCAGACAGUUGAUUGUUGAGAGGGAUAUGUUGGACGGCGACCCUAGGAGAGUAGGUCACCUCACAAUGACAGGCAGAGAAAUGGAGACGGAUGAUGGUCCGGUUGAUAGAGGCCCAGGUGGAAAUCGAGAAGAGAUUGCCUCAGCGGCUGAAGAGCUACUGGAACUUGUCACGCAGUAUAAGUCUGCACUAGUGGAGUUGACAUUUAACUCCAAACCCAUCAUCACUAAUUUGACUAUCAUAGCCGGGGAGAAUGCGCACGCCGCCCACGGCAUAACGAAAACGAUCUGCGACCACAUUAUUACGGUUCCAAAGGACCAGAAGCUUCCAUCUUUAUACCUCCUUGAUAGUAUUGUGAAGAAUAUUGGAGGCGAGUAUGUAAAAUACUUUGCUGCACGACUUCCUGAGGUUUUUUGUAAAGCAUACAGACAAGUAGAUCCAAGUCUUUACACAGCAAUGCAACAUCUAUUUUGGACCUGGCGGGGUGUUUUUCCACAAGCUCCUCUUAGAACAAUCGAGACAGAACUGCAGUUGGGCCCGAAGCCUGGUGCUCCUGCUAGUAUUACUCAGCCCCCAAGAGCCGUGGACCCUGCUGUGCGUCCUGGACAUGGUAUACAUGUGAAUCCGAAGUACUUGGAGCAACGCCAACUUAUACAGCAGACAAGACCAAGCAGGGUUGAUAGUAUGUCUCCUGCGGAAACCAACGGCGAUGCUAAAUUGAGGCAAGACAAAUCUACGCUACGGGAAAAUCCAAAGACAUGGCCGGAAACACAAAGAGCAAUUAUUGGGCAUUUCAAUCGAGAGCGUCUUGCUGAACCAGGUUACAACAAAGAGCUUACAUUGGAUUACUCAGAUUAUGAGCUUGGGAGACGGGGAGUUCCAAGACCCGAAAUUGGUAAAUUAAGAAAACUAGAGAGACUUGAUCAAGGAGAGAGCGGUUCGUGGUUACGUGAGGGAGAUGCCGAAAAAGGGAAUGGAGUUCCUGAUGAGCGGUCACAACGUCAUCCUCGUCGAAACGGCUGUCGGGAUGAUCCAAGGCAGUCGUUGGGAGCAAGGCCUGUAGGUGUGGAUGGGCAGGACUACAGUCGCACCUCUGGUCCAGGGAGAGGAGGUGCUUUUCUUGCGUCACAGUCUGUGGAUCUUGGUAGCAGAGGUAGAGGCGAAGUGCGGAGUCGUAGGAUGGAUCCUCGAAUUCCCGUUGGUGCGGAUGGAAGGGGUCGUAGAAUAGGGCUGGGGUCUGAAGUAGAAGAAGGGCGGGGAUACAGAAUCGACAGCCGAACCCGCAGUUUGGAGGCUGGUGGCCGAGGCAAUAGGUUGGAUACUCGUGGCAUGGGUCUGGAGAGUCGGGGGUUAGUCCCAGACGGUUCUGGACUACGGCCUAAUGUUCGGGGUUCAGUGCUUGACAACCGUGCUUUACGAUCUGAAACCGUUGGGCUAGGAGCAGAUAGUCGAGGCUUGAGGUUAGAUCGGGGCCUGGGUAGCGAGGUCGUAGGGAGGGGAAACUGGCAAAAUGAAGAAGAAGAGGAAUUUCAAUGGGAAGAUAUGCAUCCACAGGUACAGGAACCAGAUCGAAAGGCCGGCGACAGUAAAGCGGAUGAAUGGUUAAGUGUAGACAGGGACAUGAUAAGGGCAGGAAAUUCGAACAGGCCAGGGAUUGAACCCGUGGGAGGUUUGGACGACUGGCGGAGAGUUGGAAGCGGUUCUCAAUCCGAACAGUUCUCUGGUCCAGCAGCAAUUCGGGGAACUCUCCGCAGAGAGUCUGAGGAGCGCAGUCGACUCGCGAUGUCCCAGUCUAGUCAUGGGUCUCGUUUGAAGGUGGAGCCGGACAUGGAUGUGAUGAAUUCUGGUCAGACAAGAUUACCUCCAGUGCAGGUGACGCUUCCGAAUUUCAGCAUGGCACUAAGUACGUCAAACGUGCAACCACGACCAGGGACUCCUCCAAUCCUUUCCCCAGGUGGAAGAGACAGCGUUCAAGGUGGACGAGGAGCAUAUGGGUUGAGGCAAAACUACGGGUCGAAUCUAGGGCAGGGUCCGGGUUAUAACAGCUCGUCUGGUGUUCCGUUUGGUCAAGGCCAGAAUGAUGGGCAGGCGAACGGAGUACAUUCCUCGCAGGCAGUUCCAUGUUCAGUAGGUUUACCGCAAGUGUCUGCAGGUGGAAUGUUGCAAUUGCCUCUGUUUGGUCCGAGUCAGCAGGCAGGUAAUUCGAGCGUGCAGGUUGCGGUGAUAUCUCAGCAGAGCGGUCUUGUGAGUUCAGAGGGCACGCAGAACCAGUACCCGCAACAAAGCGGGAGUGGAGUGGUGACAAUGCAAGCGCAGUUGAAUCAGUUCCAGCAGGCAACACAAGGAGGGUCAAGUUUGGGUGGUAAUCAGGGUGGUGUUCUCCCCCUGAACACCGCAGCGAUUUCUGAGCUGCUGAAACUAGUACAGCAGUUGCCAGCUUCGCAGAACCCGAUGCAGCAACAGCAGCAAGCGCUUCCUUCAUCGCAAACCCAGUCGCAGAUUGUAACGACGGGUCAGGUGUUGCAGUCGGUUUCAGGCGCACCUCCUCUACCGAACGGUUCGCCGCCUAGUUUUUUGUACAACUCGGUAGCACAACAGGGAGGGCAGUACACGACAGCACAGGGUCAGGUGCUGGCGCCUCCAAUGCUGUACCCCAGCCAGGCGGGAGGUGUUCCGAACCAGCCUCCUCUUCCUCCUGGUCCGCCACCAGCGUCAGCUCUGACGGGCAAUUCCGGGGGUCAGGGGUCUGGGGGAGCGGGAGUGAACCAGUUCGACAACCUGUUCAAGUCGCUGCUAGCUCAAGGCCUGAUAUCUGCUCCCGGUGCGACGGCUGCGACGAGUGUCCAAGCUGCGGUGGUGGAUGUGCGAGGAGGGAUGAACGCGGCGAGCACGAGUUCGUCGUUCUUCAACCCAAAUGUAGGCAGCGUGCAGGCGAGCAGUGUGCAGGCGUUUGCGCUUUCGAGUGGUUUGGGGGGCAGCGUGGGUCCCGGCGCGGACAGCUCAUCUCGGUACGCGGGUGAUGCAGCAGCAGGGAGCCAGGGUGUGGCAGUGAAGGAUGAUCCAAUCGGGACGGAGUUCAAGCCGGAAGUGUUGAGGGAGAGGCACGAGGUGGUAAUAGACGCGCUGUACAAUGAUUUUCCUCGGCAAUGCAAGACGUGCGGGCUUCGAUUUUUGGAGCAAGAGGCUCACAGCAAGCACAUGGAUUGGCAUGUAUCGAGGAACAGGCGGCAGAAGUCGCAGAAGAAGGUGUCACGGAAGUGGUUCGUAAGCGAGAAGGAGUGGCUGAGCGGGACGGUGGCAUCGAGUGCGGAAGCGGCGCCUAGUUUUUUCGCUGCAGAGGUGGGUGCAGGUGCAGCGAAAGCGGACGAGGGCGAGAGUCUGGCGGUUCCAGCAGAUUACAACCAGAGCGUGUGCGCGUUGUGUGGAGAGCCAUUCGAUGAUUUUUACAGCGACGAGAGGGAUGAGUGGAUGUACAAGGGUGCGGUGUAUAUGAACGUUCCUGCGGGCGGUUCUAUAGAGGGGAUCGACAGUGUAAAUUUGGGGCCCAUUGUUCACGCGAAGUGCCAGACGGAGUCUGCAGCGACGGCAGAUCUAACGGAGGACAGCGAGGAGGUUCAACCGGAGUUGAUGGCAGCAGAUAGUGUUCGCAUGGAGGUUGAUGUGGGAGGGGGAGAUGAUACAGCCAUGCCGUUACUAGACAAUUUUGAAGCUUUGGAAAGCAAGGACGAGAACAUUGAAAUGGAGAACAGGAAGAAGAGAGUCCGGUAUUGACAUUUCGGGUGUUCCAGUGUAAACAGAGGCGUGUACGAGUGUCAGAGAUGUAGUAGGGGACAGUUGACAUGAGGAUGAUAAACGAUGUGAAAUUGACAGAUUCCUUAAUUGCUUGCUGAGGCAAUAGUUUAGAGAUGGAAGGAAGCAUUUGAUGUGGAUGAAGGAGUAAGAAAGGCGGCGUUAGAAAAACGUGAUGUUUCAUCUUUACAGUUGUGGUGUCCAAGGCAGUGUUGUCGUGAUAUGUGGGUAUGUUGUGAAUGGAUGAUGUGAAAUGGUAAUCGUUGUUGAGGGCAG